AUGAAGCUUGUCGCAGGCUCGGCCGUUAGGCUCACGACCGACGUUGCUGCCGGGCUUGUCCAGAAGGUUCAGUCGCCUCUAGAAAACGUGCCCGGUUUUCAAUACUACGAUACUAUCGGCACCGAUAGGCUUCGUCUCCUGCGAUUUGUCGACCCCCUACCGGGCACCCCAGCAACCCACAACCUGCGCCUAGAACUAGUCCUAGAAACACACUCUAUAGGUCUGAACUGCCCAAAAUAUGUUGCUCUUUCCUACGCUUGGGGACCGCCAAACAUGGGCGCCCUGCAGGAGUACACGCCGGUGGAAAGAAAGUCAGUGUGGAUCAACAGCCGUCGCUUUGAAGUUCGACCAAACCUCUACGAUGCUCUGAGCCACCUCCGCCAACUCUUCCCGCCAGGCACGUACUUUUGGGCCGACGCCAUCUGCAUCAACCAGGAGAAUAACACGGAAAUUGGGCAGCAGUUCGGCAUCAUGGACCUGGUGUACAGCCGAGCCGACGAGACGAUUAUCUGGCUCGGGAAGAAAAGCCGCCACACUGCCGAAGCUGCCGUGCUCCUGACCAGAGACGCCGGGGCAGUGAGAGCCGCAGCCAAACACGUGCUCGAGAAAACCAUUGCCGGCUAUUACCAGACGCCCAUCUUCGCCGUCGAUACCACGGCAUUCUCCCAGUUCGGCGUCACGCCACUGACGGAGCAGAACUGGACCUCUCUCGCUGAUCUGUUCAGUAGACGGUGGUUUGGGCGCGCUUGGAUGGUCCAAGAAGUGGCCCUCUCCACGCGCAUCCGCGUCUUGUGCGGCGACAUAUCCAUCGAAUGGGACGUGAUUGCGAACUUUGCCAUCUUUAUCUGCCUAACGCACACUAUUAUCAGCUUCCUCCAAUUCUACCCAAACAACCCAUCGUUCCUCUUCAUGGCCGCCGGCUUUACCUUUACGACGUCGCUCGAGCUCGUCAGCUCGUGGUACCGAGGAAACGUGUUUGGUUCUUCUGGUCUCCUAGAGGGGAUAGAUUGCGUGGCCGGACUCGGGCUGGAAGAAAAAGGACCCGCGAGCCUCUUGCUCAAGCUCAUCUUGAGCACCUACGGCUUCUCGUCCACGCAGCGGCGAGACAAGCUCUACUCGCACUACGGCAUCUUGCACAGCCUGGCCGACCUCGACUACAAGACCCACCCCGGCUUUCUGCCAGACAGAGACAAAUCCACACCCGAUGCCGACAUUUUCCUGCGCCUCGGUCGCGCCAUGAUCCAAGAGACCAAGACUCUGCAUGUCAUCACCCUCGGCGGCGAGGCAGGCUACCCUUGGUGGCCCUUGCCCGCGCGAAUAAAGCACCUCCCGACAUGGAUGCCGGAUUUCUCUCCCUACCGCAUGAACCUUCCCCUCCUCGGUCCCAGCUUCCGACAGUCUCGAAAUUUCGACAGUUCGGCCAGCCGCAAGAUGGCCCAAAUCCUCCCCGCACACAAGCUCCGCGAACUCGAGCCCCUUCUCUCCGACAAUGACCCCAACAAGCUCUACGUCUCAGCCACCAGGCUCGGCACCAUCACGCGCCUGGGAGACUCUUGGUCCGACAUGUCCAUCCACCACCGCUUCUCGGCCACCUUUGACCUGCUCCUCAGCCUCCCGUCCCCGUACCCGCACACGAACCCCAGCCAAGGCACCGCCGAAAUCUUCUGGCGCACGCUCCUCACCGACAGCGACGUGUCCAACACGCCCGCCCACCCGGACCUCGGCCACGUCUUCUUCCGCUCCUGGCUCGUCUCCAACAUCUUCCAGACUCUCCUCUCGCAACUCGGCGCUCCCGUAUCCGCGCUGCGUGCCGCCAUGAAAAACCCCGCCAGCGAACUCGACAGAGUCUUUUCCUCGGGACUCUUCUCUACUUUAGACCAACUCGCACGCGCCGACGACCCGACGGGCAGCGGCAUCUUCCCCACGCAAUCAGACCUCCGGCAGCACCUAGCGGCAAUCGGCCACCCCGCCGCCGCCUCCGUGGGGGGAGGAUCCUCGAGUUUAUUGGCCGCCGCAAAAGGGCUGCUGCAGUACCAGGCGCGCAAGCGCGAACAUAUCCGGGGCAUAGAAGGCGGCGCGCGCCAGUUCGACACGUUCGCGCAGUACUAUGCCAACUACAAGCGGCUGUUUGCGACGGACACGGGGUACAUUGGGAGUGCCACGGAAGAGAUCCGGCAAGGGCAGACGUUGCUACUACUAAGAAACGUGUACUCGCUCUCGUAA